AUGUCUUCGGGCGGCCCCAUCAGCGUGACGGCGCACGCAGGGCUGCGCAGCGCGCGCCCGACGGACCGCACCAAGCUUUUCGCGAGCAUUGCGGAGUCGGGCGACGAGGGCCAAGAUGCCGCCAAGCACGGCACCCCCUACCUCCCGUCGCUCAAGGCCGACGACCUAUUCUUCCAGGUGGUCGCGAGCCCGUGGUGGCACAGCUUCGUGGUCAUCGUGUGCCUCAUCACGUUCCUGCUGGACAUCCUGGUGUUCGUGUCGUCGGGGUACGCCGCGCCGGAGGUGUCGUUAGUGGCGCCGCUGCUCUCGGUCUCGUGCCUCGUGAUCCUCGUCGACGCGGUGGGCCACAUCCUGGCGGGAACGAAGCUCGGGGAGUUCAAGCUCCCGCAGACGUACAUCGUCGACGGAAUCGUCAUCGCGGCGCUCAUCACGGCCGGCCCCCUGCUGACGUACAGCGCGGGCCUCGGCACCUUCGCGGCGCCGGCGGCCGCGUGGGAGGUCGUGGACCACCUCGCGUUCGUCGUCCGCGCGCGCGUCAUCGCCAUGACCUUCCUCCUCCCCACGGCCUUCAUGAAAAUCCCCGUUAGCAUCUGGAGGCGGAACGUUUGGGCCACCAGCAGCCUGCGGAGGGCCAAGGCGCGCGCCUCCACGAGCCUCCGGCUCAAACUCGGCCUCAUGAUCACGCUCUGCCUCGGCAUGGCGGGCAUCCUGCUCGGCGAGUUCAUGGUGCUCAUGGCCAACCGCCGCGUGUGGUCGCAAGGCGAGGAAAUCUACUCCUUCAUCGAGCUCCUGGACCUCAUGCCGAACCGAGAAGCCUUCGACGUCGCAGUCGAGCAAGGCAUCGUGAACGGCGUGAGCCCGACCUUCGGGCUCCCUCUCCGGCAAGUCUGGCUCGACGGCGCCCCGAUCCUGCCCAUCAACGACAGCAGCAGCCCGGGGCCGGACGCAAUGUGGCUGCAGGCGCCGUCGGGGCGCCUCGUGGUGCUCAUCAGCUUCGCGGACGAGGUGGACUCGGCCGCGGCGAUGCACGCGGUCACCAAGGCGACCAUCCUCUUCCUGUUCGCGCUCUUCUCCCUUCUCUGCUACGUGUCGACCGAGGCGUCCCUGACGCGGCCGCUGCAGCGGCUGCUCGAGGAGCUCAUCCUGUCGUCGCGCAUGAUCGACAGCAACGGGAAGCUCGUGCAGGCCGAGGGCACGACGCGCGAGUGCGUGCAGACCGCCGCCAUCGAGGACUGCAUUGAGAAGAUCGCCAAGUUCAUGCGGCGCAUGGCGAGGACGUACCAGGGCGGCAGGGCGGUGCUCGAGCGGCUGAUGGACUCCGUGCCGGACGAGGGCGCGCCGGGCUGCGAUGGGCGCGCCGGGCAGGAAAAGGAGACGGGCCUCGAGUUCUGGGCCAAGAUGUACGAGCCCGUCAAUAUCAUACCCGAGGCAGGCGGGCGCGCGGGCGCCAAGUCGAACCGCAGCUCGAGCUACCCGGGCGGCGCCACGAGCAGCAGCCAGUCCGGCAGCGCGAGCUACGGCAUCCCCGCGAACAUCAACGCCACGGGCGGCACCAGCGAGGGCUCCGGGAGCCACGCCAAGAGCAGCAACGCGCCGCCGGCCGAGCAGCCGCCCGCGCAGCGGGGCUCGAUGACGCGCGGCGGCUUCGGCGAGAUGGCCGACGCGAUCAACGACUGGAAGUGGACGUCGCUGCACUGCACGGGCCCCGACGAGCUGCGCGCCUGCGUCAUCUUCAUGCUCGAGGACCUGGACCUGAUCACGCCGGAGCCGCCGACGCAGGCGCAGAUCUCGCGGGGCUCGACGAGCGACAAGGCGGCCGCGGCCGCGAUGGUGCUCGCCGGGGCGGCCGCGGCGGGCGAGAGCAUGUCGGGCGGGCACCACGCGGGCGCGCCGGUGCGUCCCAAGGCGACGCGGUUCGCGCUGCGGCGCGCGGUGGUGCGGUGCGUGACGCUGCUGGAGCAGGAGUACGCGUCGCAGCAGGGGAACCCGUACCACACGUGGAUGCACGCGGUGGACGUGUUCCACUGCACGUACAUGAUUCUCAAGACGGGCAAGGCGGCGAAGGACCUGCCCAAGGGGCUCGGGCGCAGCGAGCGGCUGGCGCUGAUGAUGGCCGCGCUCGCGCACGACGUCGGGCACCGCGGGUGCACGAACCAGUUCCUCGUCGCCACGUCGGACGACCUCGCGCUGACGUACAACGACGCCUCGGUGCAAGAGAACCUGCACAUCUCGGUCCUGUUCAAACUGAUGGCCAAGAACCAUGACGCCGACUUCCUCUCGUGCUUCGGCUACGAGACGCGCGUGCGGUGCCGCGCGCUGAUGCUCCGGGCGGUCCUCGGCACGGACAUGGCGCAGCACUUCAGCAUGACGGCCUCGCUGCGCGCGCUCGCCGACGGCUACUCGGCCGGGGACCUGGAGAUCACGCCGGCGGAGGAGGCGUGCCAGAUCUCGACGGCGCUCCUGCACAUGGCCGACCUGUGCGGGGUGCUCAAGGACGACAUGGCCGCGGUCACUUGGGCCACGCUGGUUCUCGAGGAGUUUUUCGAACAGGGCAAGAUGGAGCACCAGCUCUCGCUGCCGUCGCUGCCGCUGAUGCAGGCGAGCAAGACGUACAUCGCGGGCUCGCAGAUCGAGUUCAUCGAGUUCGUCGCGGCGCCGUUCCUCAUCGCCUGCGUCAAGGUCAUGCCGUCGCUCCACUCCAUGUGGGAGCCCAUGACCAACACGCUGCGCAUGUGGCUCGGCGUCGUGGCGCGCGACCAGAUGCUCAAGCCGUGGAGCAGCAACCCGGACGAGCCGGACGCGUCGAGCGGCGGGGACCCGAUGAACGGCGCGCCGGAGGUUGACGAGGACGUGGCGGCGUCGGUGCGGGCGGCGGAGCUGCGGCUGGGGUCGUCGCCGAUCCCGGAGAAGUUCGUGGUGAUGAACACGAACGCGAAGCUGAAGGCGUUCAAGGAGCGCGCGGCGGUGAGCGCGAAGGGCGGCCGCGAGGCGGGGAGCGGCCGCGGGUGA